AUGCGGGCUUGGGUGUCAUCACCGGACAGGCCCGCCGACAUCAACGACGAGGCGGAGUGGUUCCGGGAGACCAUGUCCGAGAUCUGUGACAUGGCCAUGCCCCGAGUCCUGCCAGGACGCGCCCGACGCCAGGUGUACUGGUGGUCCAGCGAGAUUGCGGCCCUUCAGGCCAGGGAAGCGGAACUGUACGAGGGAUACAGAGCUGCGAAGACCGCCCUCCAAUUGGCCAUCAUCCAGGCCAAGGACGUGGCCAAUACAGAGCUGCUGGGGACUCUGGACAGAGAUCCGUGGGGGCGCCCUUACAAAAUGGUGCGGGGUAAGCUCCGCCCAUGGGCCCCCCCGCUGACCCAGAGUCUUCGGCCUCAACUGGUGGAGGAGGUGGUGAGCGCUCUGUUCCCUUCGCGCGGGGAACACUCUCCCCCGUCCAUGGUUCUGCAACCCGCGGUGUCGACUGUGGACCACACAUCCGACGACGACGAUGUCCCCGAGGUGACUGGGGUGGACCUGAGAGUGGCGCCGGGGCGCCCUGCGGACUCUCCGUCCGCAUACCGGCCCAUCGUGUUGCUCGACGAGGUGGGCAAGCUCUUCGAGCGAGUUGUUGCACACCGCCUCGUUGCGCACCUUGGGGGGAUGGGGCCGGACCUCGCGGACAACCAGUUCGGUUUCCGCAGGGGGCGCUCAACGGUGGACGCCAUCAUGCGCUUAUUGGUGUGA